AGGAGAAGGCGUGCUCUCCUCUCUGUUUCCUUCCGCCUCCCCCGACGGAAGCAUAGCACAACCCUAGUCGGCGAGGGACGCUGGAGGCGCGCUGCUCUUCGCGUCUGGACAUCCCAACGCCGCCUCCCAAGGAUCUCCGGCCGUCGUUCUCCUGCCUUGUUAGGCGUAGCAAUGGCUGAGAAAGGCGGGCCGACCAAUUUGGAGAAGGAGCAGAUGUUUGGGAUGGCGGAGAAGGAGAUGGAGUACAGAGUUGACCUUUUCAAUAGGCUGACACAGACUUGUUUCGACAAGUGCAUUGAGAAAAGGUAUAAAGAAGCUGAGCUCAAUAUGGGUGAGAACAGUUGCAUCGAUCGAUGUGUUUCAAAGUACUGGCAGGUGACGAAUUUAGUCGGCCAACUGCUUGGGAACCGGCCUCAGAUGUGAACUAAGCAGCACUAGUUGCAUUUUGCAGCAGAAUUUUGUCCCUCUGUUUCUCCAUUUUGGUUGGUUUUAGAGUGUUCCCAUUUGCUACACCAAUACAGCACCUGUGACUUGCUUGCUAGUCAUGGACCGCUCAAAAGGAAAUCCCAUCUCCUUCCCUUCCCAGUGACGUGCCUUGUCUAUGAAUCAUGAACAGGGAACAUGCAUGUCAUAAUUUGAUACAGCUUGAGAGAAUAAUUCUGUUGUGAAAGCUGGUCUUGUUUCA